CGGCCUCGUACAUCCCCUGGCGCAUUUGCGUGAAUUGCUUGCUGAAUGCUCUGCAUGACAGUUCUCUUACCCUUCGGCUGUGAUUUACCUUGCCCGAUCCCAUAAUGCCCCCCCCGACAGCCGGACAUACGAUGACUACACGGUGGGGUAGAUCUAUGCGUUACACAUCACCUGACAUAAAGGCAAGACAACGAAAGCAAACACCACCAGAUCAGGCAAGCAUUGCGAAGGGAAUUAAUUGCCUUGGGCAUGGCGUGGCUAUCUUCGACACAGUGCGGAGUAUGGCAAGAGUUGCGAUGUUAUGUUUAAUUCUGCUCCGGAUGCUGCGUACGGAUCUCAUGUUAUCGAGAGUUAAAUAUCUCCACGUUGAAGCCCCAAUGGUCUCAGUAUAGCGUGCGUGUUGUUAAACGAUCACUACUUGUCUAGCGGUGUUCACAUUCCUUGGAUAUCCUCUUUGGCUAAUCAAGACGAGGCCUUUGUCCCGCUGGCCAAGCUGUCAAGCUUUGCCAAAGUUCAUGGUAAGACUAUCGAAUAUUCUCAACUGAGAAAAACCACCCGGAUCGGAAACGCUUAGCGAUCGAUCAUUGUGAAAUGGCGUCACACAAUUUCAACGUCGCGAUUAUCGGGGCUGGCCCGGUGGGCUGUCUACUUGCUCGCCUGCUCUUCAACAUCCCAGGCGUGCGGGUGGCGAUUUACGAAGCAGAGACAUCGCCGCACUGUCGAGGACAAGGCGGGACGCUCGACUUGCAUGACCAAUCCGGCAUUGCGGCGCUAAAGAAGGCGGGGCUCUACAAUGACUUUCUUCGCCACGCUCGCUUUGACGGAGAGGCCUUGUUCCUGUGCGACAAAAAGCUAACCGGAUAUGUGCAGUUUGCAAAUCGAGGAUCGGUCAGCAGCAGCCGUGGUAGCCCGGAGAUCGACCGAGUAACGCUUCGCCAAAUAUUACUUAAUAGCCUGCCACCGGACACAGUACACUGGGGUUGCAAACUUCUGAGAGUGUUAGAUGGAACCGUGCUCCAAUUUGAGCACGGCACUGAACAGGGAUUCGAUCUGAUCGUGGGCGCAGACGGCGCCUGGAGCAGAGUCCGUCGCUUUCUAACACCCGACCAGCCGUCAUUCUGCGGUAUCUAUGGCCACCUUUUCACCAUCCCUGAUGCAGCUCACACCGCUCCAAACGUUUCCAAACUGGUCAACCGGGGCUCCCUUUAUGCGUAUUCCGACGGGAAGUCACUCAUGGGACAACAGAUCGGGGAUGGUAGUAUCCAGGUGUCUGUGUGGACGACCGCAAGCCAAGACGAUGAUGCACUAUCGUACGUGGAUGAUGACAGCCGGCGCCGCCAGAUUGCCAGUCAAUUCAGUGACUGGGCGCCGGAGCUCCUCGAGCUCUUGGCGACCGGUAGCGAAUACACAGGGAAUCGACGCAUUUACACGCUUCCGGUUGGGUUCCAGUGGCCGGGUUUUCCGAGCAUAACCUUGGUUGGCGAUGCAGCCCAUCUCAUGCCUCCGUUUGCUGGGGAAGGCGUGAAUUUGGGGUUUGAGGACGUGAUGAACCUUUCUGACGCUAUUCGCGGCUUCCUGGACAGCCCAAAUGGUACCCUCGACGAGACGCUGCGUACCUACGAGAAAGACGCUUUUCAGAGAGCGCGACGGGGUCAGGAGUUGAGUGUGGGUGUAAUGCGCGAUAUGUUCUUUACCGCUGGAGCACCACGUGCGGUGAUCGAACGGUGGAUGCUCCGAAUCAUACGCUAUCGGGCUCAUCCGUGGGUGUUCCGGAUAUUCUAUCCGUCCAUUGCUGCGGGCGUUUACGGCUUCUAUUUCCUGUUUAAACUAUUUCGCUAGAUUCGUUCAUCUGUAUAUGUUUGUGCUUUCUUAGCGUCGAGCAUUACUACUGGCUUCCGGAGGUCACUGUUCCUUUUGCAUUUCCCCGUUAGAAUAUUAUAUGCACGGACAAUAUACCGCAUUCAGCCGAGACAACUCAGGAGGGAACUCGUCGCCUUGCAGCAAGAGUAAGAUGUUUCCAUCUUGGCAGAGGAUCGGCGAGAGAUUGUGAGCCAUUCCACGUAAGAUUUCAAGUCGACAUUAGAGUCCCAAAUAAAAUCCCCCUUGCCUCCCACUUCGCAUUACUUCGCUGGUCGGUGAAUGCAGCGGACGGACUUCCUUCCAAAUGUUUCCG